UUUAAGCUAAACAAAUAACUGAGUUUUAUUCAUUGAAAAACUAUUAGGUGUAGCAGAAAUUAAAUAAAAAUUCGAAAUGUAUUCUUACGAAAGCAAUUUUAGAAAUAUAUGUCGCUGUUGUCGUAUGGAGGGCUGUUUUAAAAACAUAUCUGGGGAAUACUACCAUUCAGGACAUAAGGAGAUUUACGAAAAUAUGUUAAGAGAAACUUUUAAUAUAAAUAUAAUUAUUCAAAAGAAUUCCACUGAAAUUAGUACAAUGAUAUGUGACAGCUGUAUUCUGAAGCUGAGAGCCGCACUAGCAUUUAAAAAAAUGGUGAUUGCUAGUGAAGAGAAGUUCUCUCUUUACUUUUCUAAAUUACACAGUGAUAAUGACAAAGGCUUACAAUACAGUGUUAGUGUGAAGGAUGAUUUAAUUAAAUCGGAGUCACUUAAAACAGAGUUAGAUGAAGAUCAUAUAGUGGAUAUAGAACAAAACGAUAGAUUUGAUGAUGAUUCGCUAAGUAUUAAGGAUGAAAUUGAAUGUGAAGAGAAAGAUCGGGAUGUGGAUAAUAACAGGAAACGGAAGCAAGAACAUAGAACUGGGAAAUCUAAGAGGAAAAAAAUAAUGUGUCAGACUGAUGAAAUACCAGACAGUGAAAAGGAUUGGAUUAAAAUAACAGAGAGACGCGGGCGAGGUCCUAUUCUACGCGAAAACUCACUUAAACUUCUCUCAAACUCGACAAUGUUUGUAUUUCAAUGGAACAAGAGUCGAUAUACAUGUUUUUGUUGUAAACAACCAUUUAUGGACAUGUGCUCGUUACGGGAUCAUUCAAAUAAAGAACACUCGAUUCAAAAUAUAGAAAAAAAAAUAAUAACACAACAGAACAGAUUGUUAAAAGUCGAAAUAUCGUCAUUGAGUUGCAAGAAGUGUAAAGAAAAAUUAAACACAAUAAACGACCUUCGUCAGCAUUUAAUAAAAAACCACGAAAUCAAAUUUGACAUAGACGAAGAUUUAUUAAUACCGUUCAAAAUUCAAACCGAGGGAUUGAAAUGUCAAAUGUGUUCAGAAACGUUUAGGAAGUUUCGACUUUUAAACGUGCACGUCAAUAAACAUUUCAAAAAUCACGUGUGUCACGUAUGCGGCGCGAGUUUUACUAAUUUAGUAUUUCUGAACUUACACAAAACGAGAUCGCAUAAAACGUUCAAUUGUAACGAAUGUGACAUAACGUUCCCGAACAGAACAGAUAAAAAAACCCACGACAGAAUCGAACACAACGUCAAGUUCGAAAGAAAAUUACGAUUUCCGUGUCCGUAUUGCGACGAGAGAUUCUUUCAAGAGAAUUUCAAAGUACAACACUUAGUUGAAAAACAUGGUAUGCUGAAACCGGAAUACAAGUGUUCUUUGUGUGUCAAAGUUUUUAUAACAAAGAGUUUGUGCAAUAAUCAUGUUAAAAAUGUCCAUAUGAAGGAGAAGAAACACGAAUGUGACAUUUGUCAUAAUCUCUUUUACACUAAAUCUGACGUCACUAGACACAGAGUAACUCACACCGGAGAGAAAAAAUUCUCAUGCUCUCUCUGCAACUGCCCAUUCUCCACACGAGACUCGCUUCGUAGACACAUGAAACGGACUCACGAAGUCGCUAAUUAAAUGUUAGU